UGGCAAAGUUUGGGAAUGAUAGAGGCGGUUGAAGAUAAUCGCAGAGAGGAGCUGGAAUGCUACUGCUUUGCGGAUUACACUAACAUUUACACGUUGUUUUCUGUGAGCACUCAUCUCUACUGCUUGGAUUCAGCAGGAUCUAAAGGAACGCAAUCCUGAGACAUGUCGGAGGACCUGAGCUCUCAACCCUGGUCCAUCAACAAGGAUGACUAUGAGCUGCAGGAGGUGAUCGGAAGCGGUGCUACGGCUGUGGUCCAGGCUGCCUACUGUGUGCCCAGGAAGGAGAAGGUCGCCAUCAAACGCAUCAAUCUGGAAAAAUGCCAGACCAGCAUGGACGAGCUCCUGAAAGAGAUUCAGGGGAUGAGCCAGUGUCACCAUCCCAACAUUGUGUCGUACUACACCUCGUUCGUGGUGAAGGAUGAGCUGUGGUUGGUCAUGAAGCUGCUCAGUGGUGGCUCUGUGCUGGAUGUUAUCAAGCACAUCAUUUCAAAAGGGGAAAACAAGAACGGUGUACUGGAUGAACCCAGUAUAGCUACUGUGCUGAAAGAGGUCCUUCAGGGUCUUGAGUACCUUCACAAAAAUGGACAGAUCCACAGGGAUCUUAAAGCUGGAAACAUCCUGCUGGGAGACGACGGAUCAGUGCAAAUCGCAGAUUUUGGUGUAAGUGCCUUCUUAGCCACUGGUGGUGACAUGACUCGCAAUAAAGUGCGGAAGACGUUUGUGGGAACGCCAUGUUGGAUGGCUCCAGAAGUGAUGGAGCAGGUGAAAGGUUACGACUUCAAAGCAGACAUCUGGAGUUUUGGGAUCACAGCCAUCGAGCUGGCCACAGGCACAGCUCCUUACCAUAAAUACCCUCCUAUGAAGGUGUUGAUGUUGACCCUGCAGAAUGAUCCUCCUUGUCUUGAGACUGGAAUCACAGACAAGGAGAUGGUGAAGAAAUAUGGGAAAUCCUUGAGGAAGAUGAUCUCGUCAUGUUUGCAGAGGGACCCAGAGAAAAGGCCGACAUCAUCAGAACUCUUAAAACAUAAAUUCUUCCAGAAAGCCAAGAAUAAUGAAUUCCUGCAGGAGAAAUUAUUACAGAAAGCACCUACAAUUAAAGAGAGAGCGAGAAAGGUUCGGCGAGUUCCUGGCUCCAGCGGGAGACUCCAUAAAACAGAAGAUGGACAGUGGGAAUGGAGUGAUGAUGAACUGGACGAGGAGAGCGAGGAGGGUAGAGCUGCUGUUGCUGCUUUACGGUCACCAAGAAUACUAGAAGGACUCCAGAAUGCAGAGAUAUUCCAGCCUUUCAGCAGUCACCUUCAGUCUGAACUACCUCAAGCUGCUGGCCAGGGCCCGGCCAACACUCAACACACAACCCCAACCCCAGCUGCGAACCCUGACCAGGCCUCAGUUCCUGGAGCCGAUGCCUCACAGACCCCGAUCAGUUUAGUAUUAAGGUUAAGAAACUUGAAAAAGGAACUGAAUGACAUACGAUUUGAGUUCAUGCCUGGUAGAGACACAGCAGAUGGGGUUUCUCAGGAGCUGGUAUCGGCCGGCUUGGUAGAUGGGAGAGAUUUAGUUAUAGUGGCUGCAAAUUUGCAGAAGAUCGUCGAAGAGCCUCAUUCCAAUAAAAAUGUCACUUUUAAACUGGCCUCUUGCGUUGAGGGCCCUGAGAUUACUGAUGAUGUCAAACUCUUGGGAUUUGCUCAGCUCAGCAUUAGCUAAACCUAGGCUCUGUGCGGGACCAUGACUUGCCUACAAAUGUGAAAACAAACCCAACACUACCAACAGAAUGACACAUUGAUGUAUUUUUUUUUCUCUUUCAAUUGCCCUAAAGAAACCACUGUUGCCAAAGAGAAAAGUACCCUAGCACCAGCCCAUAGGAUUCCAAACGGCCCAGCGGAAGAGUUGCACAAACUUGAGAACGAUCAGAAUUUGUAGGAAUCGAUUAAAAUAAAGUUUACAAUUUUUUUGUAUAAGGAUGCAAUUAUCAUAACCAGAUAUAACCUUUAUAUAUGUUUAUCCUUUUUUUUUUUUGUCUUAAUUUUUCUAAAUCUGAACAGACACCCUAAAAAUGAACAAUGUAAAAAAUGCCUCCAAUAUAACUGUUGAGUGCAUAAAAGAAGAGUGAAACUCAAAGAAACAUGGAGUUUAUAGAGGAAAAUAGUAAAUGGUUUUAGCUAUAGUUGUAAACCUUUAUUUUUUUUCUAUGCUUUUGAAGAGAAGCAGCUUAGCAUGUUUUAUCACACCGCAUGCAUUAUUAACUUAGGUUCAGUUUAAAGCAGCUUGAUGAAUAUUUACAGAAUCUGUUUUUGAAAUUUCAAACAACUUUUACUUUUUCACAAAAAUGACUUACACUACACUACAAUUCACAAAUAUUACAAAUGCUACAGAUUAGCUGAAUAUGAUUAAAUUGUUUAUUUGGUGUCAUUGAGCCCUAAUGAACACUCCUAAAGUCUGGUUUUACUUAUUUUUCCCCUUGUUGGUGUUGGUAUUUUUUUUAUUAUUAUUUUUGCCUCUAUCUCAACUUGGCACAUUUGCAAAUGUUACCAAUGCUGCUCUAAAGUUAUUGCCUUAAUAUUUCUACACAUUUUUGCAUCACACAUAUCUCUCCUUUUUUAGAUUUUGCAGUAAUUUGUGAAUUUUGGUUUUAAUUUUUGACAUUAUCUGUGACUUAUGCUCAUUUUUAUAAGCAUCUCUGUGAAAAGGUAGAAUUACCUGAUAAAAACUUUGGUGUUUAGCUUUUUCCUGCUCUGGAAUUGAACUCUUAAGUAUUCAUGUGUAUUUCUGAUGUGGAUGAACUCAGUGGAGCAUGUACAUAAUGUAAUUUGCCAUUGGUUUGAUUUUAUAUGGGAUGUUUCACUCGUGGCCUUUGUGUUCUUCAUAAAUAAGGUGAUGGGAGGUGGUGUCAACUACAAAAGACACUUUGUGAGCUUUCUUGGUUUGUCUUUGUCUUUGUCUGUGAGGGGGCCAAUAAUCACAGCGAGAUCUUAGGAAGCAUAAAUCUGCCUGAAACUGC